UGAGGGGGUUCGAAGUGGUGGGGGACCCUCUGGUCGAAUGGGGGUCUUGGGAGCCCGGCGCUGAUGGGGGAUUCCGGGGAUCCAGGGACAGAGAGAGGGACCCGGGGCUGCCGCUCUCCCGCUGGCCGCUCCGGAGUGACUCAGGCGGGGCUGGGAAGGGAAGCUCGGCCGCAAAUAUGUUGUCCAAGGGCACGAAGCGGAAGCGGAGUGAAGACGAGGCACUGGACCCCUUCGUGGCCACCAUCCCCUCCAGCUCCCUCUUCAGCCUCUCCGUCUCCAAGCUGCACCAGAGUCUUCAGCAUGUGGAGCCCAACCUCCGUCACCUGGUGCUGGUGGCAAACACUCUCCGGCGCCUCCAAGGUGAGAUGCAGCCGUCCGCUGCUCCCGUUCUCCCACCAGCCCUUGGUGGAGGAGACCUUCCUGCGGAUGACUUUGCUGGGAGUGCCCCUGUUUCCAUCCCCAUGGAGCCUUGCAGGAAGCCCCCAACGUCUCUCGCCCCGCAUGUGGAUGAACUCCUGCUCUCCAACAUGGACGUCUCUGUCUUCUCCACCUUUUUGGAGGACUUGAAUGGCAUGGAGGGCCUGGGGGACUCGCUCCAGCCCUCCCUUGCGCAGCCUGGCAGCUCGCUCAGCCCUGAGCCUGAACGGACUUCUCCCCCUGGGUCCCCCAGCUCUCUGGAGAUGUUGGGCUCCGGUGGCUACCUCCUGGAGGAUGGCUUGGAGGGCCUCUUUGAAGACAUUGACACUUCCAUGUAUGACUCUGACCUCUGGCCACCCACCAGCCUUCCAAACCUCAAAGAGGCCUUCACCACCACGGGGCAGGAGAAGCUGGACUUAGCCGACCUCGAUUAUCUCAUGGACAUGCUGGUGGAGGCUCAGGAGCUGUGAUGGAGGGGAAGGGAGGGUGCGAGGGUUUCUUUAUGGGAUGGGACAAGUGCAUGGACUUCUGUUAUUGGAUGAAAGUGGGUGGAAUGGUGGACAGAUGGGGAUAAAGCAGUGCAACGGUGAAAGUCCCAAGUGAAGCUGUCACCGUGGGUAGUGAGUAGGUUUUUAAUGCAUCUUCUCUUGAGGCUAUUGUGUGAAAUUAUCCAAAACACCCCCCCAAAAGUUGAAAUGUGCCUGGUUUGAAACUGAUGGGGAGCCCUGCCACUUCAGUAAGCAUCUGUGGGAACUUCUCCAAAGCUGGGUAAUACUGUAUAAGAAUGGGUGAUUUCAUAUGACCAUAUUCGGCAAUGCCUUUCAAGAGAAAAAUGUAUACAGACUACAGUGGGGCCCACAAUGGCUUUCUGGCCCGUGGAGGCCUUUCUUCUCCCAUGGACCAGAUUUGGGCCAGUGCAGAAAAGAAGGAGCAUUUCCAAAGCAAUGCUGGAAGUGCCUGUCUUAGGGGAGCAUCCCACCCAGACCCUUUCACUCAUGGUCUUCCCUGGAAUGUAGCAAACCGGUUUCCUCCUCAAAUCCUCCCAGACCAAUCCCAUGUAAUCCUUCUGAACCGAAUGGACAGGGAAAACCAAGCCAGGCAUUUUUGUAUGCAUGUGUGCCAAUGUAUCUGAACUGGUGGCUGCUGGCAUGAAGAAGGCUGCCUUCAAGUAAUGAACGGUUGUGUGAAUGAUCUCAUAAUUUAUUGUCUUGAUAUUUAAAAUUUUUUGAAAAGCCAUGAAGUGUCUGAUUGCUUUUGAAAUGAUCCAGUGUGUACAUUUUGAAUCUGUUUAUUAGAGGGAUCAAAAGCCAUGAGAGCCUUUGGCUGAGACAGACCCUGGCAUUCAUCUUGCUCCCCAAAUCUCUCAGAGACCAUCCCCUCUUAAACAUUUUGGAGGCAUCCCUUCUUCCCAGCUUCAGCUCUUGAAUACGUAUGGUGAAAUAGUCAAAUUUUAGAUGACAGAAUCUCAAAUUAUCCUGGUCUGAGCUGGAAGGGAUCACAAGGAACAUCUAUUCCCACCCACUAUCAUAUAGGAAUGCACAGCUAAAAGACUCCGGAGAGCUGCUCAUUGAUUUUCUGCUUGAAAGCCUCCAAAGUCCACCACCCUUGGAGAUAGUCCAGGAAAUAAAUUCUUCCAAAUGUUUAA